UGUACGCAGCAUAGUGAAAAUAGUCUUGGAUGCAGAAAGUCCUGGUAAAUGGUGAUGAUAAACAAAUUAAUAUUUAUUUUGCAUGUAUUUUUAAUAUCAAUGUGGUUUAAUACAUACAGUUCUAUCCCCUGACCAUUAUAAUCUGAUGAACUAAUUAAAGAACAUAUUAUUAAUUUUGACAUAAUAUUUCUUUGUGGGUUUUUCCCUCUCAGUUUCUUUCUGUAAAAUUAGGUUUCGGCAACAGCUAAAAACAUUGAUGAUAGCUUAUUUAAAGGUUAUGUCAUUAUGACUAAAAUAAAGAGGCGUGUUCCAAUGUAUUAGCGUUGGGUGGGGCAUAAAUUUUAAAUAUGGUGGAAGGGAACAUCAUUGCUGUUGUUAAUGCUAUUUCACAACAAUUAUUUCAGUUACGUUGAAUUGUUGUUGAAAUAGUAUGUUUAUAGGCUAUAUAUUUCAUAAACUGUGCUGAGAAUGUAUUUGUACGAAAAGUCAGAAUUUCCAGGAAAGUGAUUGUUGUGGUGAAUGUAUGAUUGUUAACCAAUGGGAUGCUGCAUUUUAUUAUUUUUGACAAUAUAGCACUUAAAUGUGACAUGGUUGUAAUCAUGACUUCAUAAGCGGAUACGUUCGAUAGCACAUGAUGGUGGCAUAAUGUUUAUUAGUAAUUGAAGGAAAUUUAUAAGGAUUUGUGUAAAACAGUUUUAAAGCAGAAGGGAAUAAGUUGCUAGUGAAAACGAAAUUUACACUGAAUUAGUUAAGUUGUAUUGUUGUUAUUUUUUUUCAGAAAUAACCGUUUGAAUUAAUGACAAUGGAGAAAAGAUCAAAGUUUAGAGGUGGAAGGAUAUGUUCAUGGUGUGUCCAAAGGGAUGGAGGGAGGAAGUCGACACAAAUACUUCACAGUGAUGUUACAGGAGGCAACAAAAAAUAGCCGUGUGGUGGUAUUUGAUGUGCAGCGUCAUAUGUUUGAAAGUGCAGAAAAAGACAGGUAAUUGUAAAAAGUCAUGUUAUAGAUAAAAAUAUAAUUUUUUUUUUUUUGUAUUUAUGAAUAAAUAUUGUUUGUUGUAAGUUUGUUUUUGUGGGAAAAUAUUAAUGGAAGUUGUUUUUUUUAGGAGUCCUGUAAGGCUGUGUGGUGUUGGCUUUUCACCAUUUCGCCAAAAGAAAGGAGAGAUGGACAUCAUUGUCAAUGUUUCGACCACUCUAACAUGUGUGCGUAAACUACAGUUUGCGUUUGAGUGUACACAUGACAUUGUACAACACUGGACGGUGCAGCAAAUCAUCAAUGAUCCCAGGGAGUAUCAAAGGUUCAGGUGAAUGUGAGGUCAAAGUGGUCCAGUUGGUGGAAGAUAGACAGGGUAUGACCCGUAGCAAUCAAAGAUUGCAAAGGUGGUCAUAUGAUGUGGCUGAUCAGACGUGUAGUUUGUCGUUGACUGUCUGGGGAGGAGAUGUAUUGGAAAUCAGGAAGUGGUACACCACCAAGAAUGCAUCUGUUAGACAAUUUGAUGGUUACACUUGUUUGUCAACCACUUCACAGUCGUCUUUAACCAUAGUACUGGAUGUCUCAGCUACUGUUGCACAACCAGUUGACAGUUUUACAGUGAAGGAAGGAGAAAUUGUGACCGCAGAUGUGAAAGCCCAAUACAUGUUUCCAAAGAUGCAUACCUUGCUUGCUGUCAAUUUGACCAGAUGUCAGCAAUGUGCAGCAUAUUGCAAAACUGCAAAAGUUAAGUUUGAACUUAAUGGAACUGUCACUGUACAGGAUAACACUGAUAAUAUGAGUACAUUUGUAUUGGAUGACUUUGUGCUUCGCCAGUUGAUGACUGUUCCAGCUGACAGUCAGGUGGAACCAGAUGUGUUAGCUGCAAAGUUGCUGAGUGAUGACAAAUGUUUGCACAUCAAAUUCAGAGGACAAUGUGUUAUGUGUGCAUCAUUUGUGUUUGAUUCUGAUUCAGCUAAUCAAUCUACUGAAGCAGAACAGAAUGAUGGUGUAAAAAGUAGCGGUACUGUGGAAGAGUGUGCACAACCAUUGUCUGAAGAUUUAAUGUUGGAACAGUUGUUUGCAGAUGAAACUGUUGAACCCUCACAAAGUCAGGGUUUGGGGGAAAAGGGAAAAAGGAGCUGACUCUAUGCCUGCGAAUCUGUCUUCUGAACCAGAAGAAAAAGAUGUCAUGGUAAGUGAUAUAUGUCUUGUUGAAUAUCUGGUUUUUGGAAAUUUGGAUUGGAUUUUGAUACCUGAUCCUAGUGGUAAAAAGUGCAAGUAUAGAACAGUUUGUAGAAUUAAUGUCUAAAGAUGUGAUGCUUGAACAACUGUUUGUACAUGAAAGUGUUUAAUGUUUAUAGAGUCAGGUUGUGGAGGAAAGGAGCAAAGGAGUCACAAAAUCAGUUGUCCAAAGCACAAGAGAAAAGGUGUUCUGGUAAGUAGUGCAAGAAUGGAAUAAUCUGCAGAACUACUGUUUAAAAAUUUGAUGCUUGAAAUAUUGUUUGCACAUGAAACUGCUGAAUAUUCACAGUGUCAGGGUUUGGACAAAAGGAGCAAAGGAGGUGAUGAAUCCAGUAAAGGCAAGGCUGGAGUUUCUGUGGAAUCUAUGGUGAAAAGAAAUGAGAAAACAUUUGGAAAAGGUGUUAAGAGAAACAACCAGAAGUAAAGAAAGAUGUUUAGUAGAGUGGGAAGUAAUUUUCUUGUUUAUUUGUUUGUUGUAAGAGACUAAUGUGAAUGUGUUUAUUGUAUAGUGUCACAAUAUAGUAAGUAGUUGAAAAAAGCUCUAAAUGUUAGCUGUUUUGGAUUUUUAAGCAUUUUUCAGAUUACAAGAUUGAAUAAACAUCAUUGUAGUACCUUUGGAGUUAUUCACAAUUGAGAAAGUUAUACUCAGAUAUUUAUCUUUAGUAUUAAGGGUGCAUUAUCAAGCGUUGUGUUUAUAUAUAUUUUAAGAAUUACAAAAGUUGUUUAUUUGCAUAAAAUUUAUUUCCAUAAGUGAAUGUUAAAUACAGGUGUGUAUUUUAUAAAUGCUAGUAUUGUAACAUUUUGAACAGACAGUAUUAAGUAAAUGUAAAUGUGGAGUGUUGUAUAUUAAAAGUUGGUUUGCAAGGUUGAUUUUGUUUACUUUGAAACACAAUUUGUUGUGCAUAUUUAGUGGUUUUAAAUAAAUGUGUGAAAAAACAUACACGCAGUCUGAAUUGUGUUAUUUUGUGAUAGUGUUUGUACCAUGUGUUCCAUAAGGUGGUAAACAAGUUACAUGG